AAAAGUUCUCAGCAUCACAAUUUUGGCCUGACUGCAGAAAUCAUGGAGUGACAAUAUUCCAGUAUAUUGGUGAACUUUGCAGAUAUCUCUGCAACCAGCCUAAGAAAUGGAUCAAGCACAUAAAGUAAGAAUGGGAGUCGGGAAUGGGCUGCGGCAAGAUGUAUGGCGAGACUUUCUGUUUCGUUUUGGAAACAUUAAAAUGUGUGAAAUUUAUGGCUCCACUGAGGGAAACUUGUGCUUUAUGAACCACAUUGGCAAGAUUGGAGCUGUGGGACGUUCCAAUGUCUUCUACAAGCUCUUAUUUAAGUAUGACCUGGUGAAAUAUGACAUGAUAAAAGACGAGCCAGUCAGAGACCAGCAUGGUUUUUGUCAGCCAGUGAAGAAGGGUGAAACAGGACUUUUGCUGUCCAGAGUGAGCGCCAUCAGCCCAUUCUUUGGCUAUGCUGGAAACAAGCGACUGACUGAGAAAAAGUUGUUGAGAAAUGUGUUGGUGAAAGGGGAUGCAUACUUUAACACUGGUGACCUCAUGGCUGAAGACCAGGAGGGGUUCAUUUACUUCAGGGACCGUGUAGGAGAUACCUUCAGGUGGAAGGGAGAGAACGUAGCAACCACAGAGGUAGCAGAAGUUCUUGGUUCAGUGGAUUUUGUUCAAGAGGUCAAUGUUUAUGGAGUGGAAAUACCAGGUCGUGAAGGCAGAGCGGGGAUGGCAGCCCUGAUUGUCAGACCCUGCUUCUUAUUUGAUGGGGAGAAACUGUUUGAAUGUGCUGUCAAAGAUCUGCCGGCGUACGCCCGUCCAGUCUUUGUGAGAUUGCAGGAUAUAAUGGAAAUGACCAGCACCUUCAAGCAGCAGAAGUUCCAGUUGGUUCAGAGCGGCUUCAACCCCUCAACCAUCUCUGACCCACUUUAUGUGCUGGACUACCAUCAGAGGAGCUACACUCCGCUGACAGAGCAGAUUCACCAGAGCGUGCUGAGCGGGGAAUGGAAGAUGUGAAGGACCAUGAAGCUCAGAGGGAUCUACAACCCUGGAAGCUCUUGAACCUUAAAUCCUCUAUAUGGUUGGCAAAACAAGAACAAUCAUCAUGAUUAUCUGGCUGAGAUGUAAUUGAUUGGUUACCAAAAUUUAUUAUUUAAAUAACCCUGAACAAAAAUAUAAACACAACAUUUUUGUUUUUGCUCGCAUUUGUCAUGAGAUGAACUCAAAGAUCAGAACUAUUUUCAACAUAAUCUUUUGUUUCAAAUAUUGUUCACAAAUCGGUCUGAAUCUGUGAUAGUGAGCACUUCUCCUUAUCUGAGAUCAUCCAUCUCACCUCACAGGUGUGUCAUAUCCAGAAGCUGAUUAGACAGCAUGAUUAUUGCACAGGUGUGUCUUGGAUUGGAACAAUAAAAGGACACUUUGAAA